CAAGAUGUAUGCUGUGCCAUAUCAAAGCGUCGUGAUACACGUUUCCCCAUUAACAUUGUGCCACAGUAAUCCCAACCUCUCAGCGUCCAGCUUCUUAUCCUUCCUACCCGGAUUCUCCAAUCUUUGUACUCCCGUAACCUGUUCGCUUAACCUCCCGUAUUCGCUGUGUCGUGGCAUCAGCUCCGUUGCCGCCCCGAGCCAUGACCGCCCCCGAACCGCAGCACAUCGUGAUCAUAGGCGGUGGCAUCAUCGGGUGCUGCACCGCGUAUUUUCUUUCCCGUCACCCCCUGUACCAUCCAUCCACCCACUCCAUCACCCUCAUCGAAGCCACCACGAUUGCAGGAGGCGCCUCCGGCAAAGCAGGGGGACUCCUGGCGAAGUGGGCAUACCCGUCGUGUCUUGUGCCCCUGAGUUUCCGGCUGCAUGCGCGGUUAGCGGAGGAGCACGCUGGCGCGCAACGAUGGGGUUACCGCCUCGUCGAGUGCGGUCAGCUAGGCGCGACAGCGCGCACGCUUGCGACAUCAAGACCGUCGAGUACUGCAUCGGGUCAGGGCCCUGCGGAAUCAUUGGGGAAGCGCUUGGGCCUGGAUAAAACGCUCAAGGCAGCAGGCCUCCCGGAGGGGUUGCAAUGGGUUGCUCCUGAUGCGGUGACUUCGUAUGAGGAGAUGAGCAAGACUGGUGACACGGCGCAGGUGCAUCCGGAACUGUUCACGAGAAGCAUGGCCGUCCUGGCCAAAGAACGGGGGGUAAACAUUGUUUAUGGACAGGCUAAGUCGGUCGGCAAGACUGAUGGGCGUGUCCAAAGUGUCACUUAUACAGAUAAGGAGACAAAAGAAGAGAAGAUAGUAUCGGCGGACACAGUCGUUCUCACGGCCGGUCCAUGGACACAGAACCUGUAUUCCGCCGCGCCGAUUGUUGGCUUGCGAGCUCAUUCGGUGGUCGUCCGACCGUCCAAACCCCUCUCCUCCCACGCUCUAUUUACACAGAUUCACCUACCAGCGGGCUUUUCCCGGUUGAAACGCGCACAGCUCGUCACUCCUGAGAUUUAUUGCCGGCCGGAUAACACCGCGUACGCGUGCGGCCCGGGAGAUCAACUCGUGCCACUGCCCUCGACAUCGGACGACGUCCAGAUCGACCAGUCGCGGUGUCAGGAUGUCAUUGAUCAGAUCGGCGCCAUUAGCGACGAGCUAAGAGAUGGGGAGGUGCUGGUGAGGCAGGCGUGUUAUCUACCUGUCUCCGAAGCUGGAGGGGGUCCGUUUAUUGGCGAAACCAGUGUCAAGGGGCUGAUCAUCGCCGCCGGACAUACGUGCUGGGGGAUUCAGAAUGCCCCUGGCACCGGUUUGUGUGUCAGUGAACUGGUGUUGGAUGGUAAGGUCAAGAGCGCGAAUAUUCAGAGCUUGGAUCCGACCAAGGCGGGCAUGUAAAGCAUGAGACACGUGUACCAAUAUCAAAGGAGCGCAGUGGAUCCUUGCAUCUUCAAAGGUGAUACGCUUCGAGAAAUCCAUUCUUCGGUAUGCCGUGAUUAAACAGAAAGGGAGUAACGACGAGCCGGGCAAGGAAGUAAGCCACGCAUGAACUUUGGUUCCAGCGCUAAUUCCCCACCAAAUGAUCUGGACUUGGGCCUCGGAUUCGCUACAGACGCUCAAUCAACUUUGUGCUCAUUAGGAAGGGUAUGGUUCGUGAAAACUAGACACAGCGAAAUGAACGGCCAUCGUACUUUGGCUGAAAAAAAACCGCAACAUGAUUACUACCACCGAGCACAUCCACCAUCCGCCAAACUCGACGCCUCUCAUUUUGCUGCAGAAGUUGCCAAUUCUUGAGCGGCCU